AUGGGCCGGCUUGAUGGCCCGACCGUGGCUUCUAUUUCGUGCACGUGCUCCGGACUUAGAGACACUACUCUGGACCAGGAACUGUGGAGGCGGGCCUGCCACUCCAUUUGGCCUUCCACGUCCCUCCCGGGCACAGACUCAUUGAUAACCGAUUUCAAGAGAUUCUACGGGGAGUCCUAUUCCCUCAUUUUCUACAGGAAGAAGCCCGACUGGAGUAAAGAGGCCGCAGAAGCAAUGCGAAAUACCGUUGCAGAGAUUGGACCCUGGAAAUUCCAGGAUUUCACCUCUUUGGUGGAUGUGUACUACAAGAGGAGAUGCAUCCUCUCCCGAGCAUCUGUUCCUGUAACCGAGACUGGCGAAAUCUCUCAUGAAGAUAAAACUGGAAGGGCAAGAGAUUCGGCGACUCAUACGCAAAACACAUGGUUCACAAACUGCCCUUUCCAAUGGGACAUCCUAGAGUUCCCCCAAAGUGACAACACGAUCAACGGCUAUACUGAUUCAGAUGCAGAGCACCAUAGAAAUCGAAGGACCAAGUUGGAAGAGAAUCUGAGAUUAAGUUGGGUGCUGCUUAACAAGAAGACAGGGAAAAGCGUGAACCUCUCGAGCAGGGAACCAAUAUUUUCGCAGAGGAGCUGGGGCUACCAUGGUCGAGAUUACAUUGUCCACUUUGGUUGCAUCAUACCUGUAGAUAGAAGCUUAUUUCCACAAGGGAUAGUGAAGUGCACGAUAGCAGUGAGCUGCAGCUUCAAAGAUGGAGGUCAGGCCCCAGUGCUUGAGGAAAUCAGCCUCCAUAUUGAAGAUACCACAGGAAAACAUCUUAACGGGAAGGAGAGUUUAAUUGUUCUUAAUCGAGCUCUGCUCUGCCCACGGACCACAAACAAGACAAAGGUUAAGGAAGGAUUUUCUCACUACGAGAUGAAGAAGAGAGAGUUCAUGAGGAAAAUAGAGUUGAAAGAGCGAGUAGCCAUCACUCUCUUCGCUUCAGUUCAAGUAACAGUCUUAGUUGCCCUUGUUUGCCUCUUCACUACGAGAUUUACUUUAUGA